CAAUAUAAAUAGCCAAACCAAUUUGGUAACGGUAUGUCAGUUCAAUUUUAAACAACCGACAGUGAUAACAAACCCCCAAAAACUCCAAGCCUAACAAUGAAAUCCUUCGCUGUUGCCGCUGUUGCCUCUACUUUGGCCAUCUCUGCCAAUGCCGGUUUGGCUCCCGUAGCUGCUCCCUACACCACAUUCGGUGCUGUACCUUAUGCCGCUCCUUAUGCUGCUGGUCCCUACACUGCUGCUCCCUACUUCGCUGCCCCAGCUGCCUACUCAGCUCCCUUGGUAACCAAGACCUUCGCUGCUGCCCCAGCAUUCGCUGCCCCCGCCGCUGUCUACAGCGCUGCCCCAGCUCCCUAUGUUGCUGCUCCCAUCGCUAAGACCUAUGCUGCCGCUCCCUUGGUUGCCAAGACCUUCGCUGCCCCAGCUCCAGUUGUAGCUGCUGCCCCAGCUCCCGUUGUUGCUGCUGCCCCAGCCCCCGUUGUCGCCAAGGCUGUAGCUGCUCCUUUGGCUGCCCCCGUUGUUGCCAAGGCCGCCGUCGUUGAGCCCGAAAUUGUCGAUGCUCAUCCCCAAUACCAAUUCGCCUACAAUGUCCAAGACACCUUGACCGGUGACUCCAAGACCCAAGAAGAGACCCGCGAUGGUGGUGUUGUCCGUGGCUCCUACUCCCUCAUCGAACCCGAUGGUUCCCGUCGUACCGUUAACUACUAUGCCGAUGACAUCAACGGUUUCAACGCUGUUGUCCAAAAGGAUGUGCCCGUUGCUGCUGCUGCCCCCGUUGUAGCUGCCCCAGCUCCCGUUGUUGCCAAGACCACCUUCGCCGCCCCCAUUGUUGCCUAAACAGAUUUGCCACUCCUUGCUUGACCAAUAGUAGUGAUCGAAGUGAUGCAUGCCAUG